AGCGGCGCAUGCUGGGAUUCCUUUUCUUCCUUGGGACUAAGGAAGUGUAUUUUGAAUGAGGUAUUGAGGGCCAAGGUGUUGGAAAUUCCUAAUUAUUUCCUUGGUUAACUGAAUCUCUGCGUAUUGGGAGGGCCUGUCUUCAGUCUUCAGGCUGGGAGAGAUAUUGGACGCCGCGCACGCACUCCUCUGGCAGCUAGGACCAAAGGGGAAGCCCAGCGGAGCAGUGUGGCAGCUGCUGGCCUCCGGGCCGCUACUUGUCAUACCAUGCUUUCCUGUGAUAUUUGUGGAGAAACAGUAACCUCAGAACCAGACAUGAAGGCUCACCUUCUAAUUGUUCACAUGGAAAAUGAAAUUAUAUGUCCGUUUUGCAAAUUGUCAGGUGUGAAUUAUGAUGAAAUGUGUUUUCAUAUUGAAACAGCUCAUUUUGAGCAGAAUACACUUGAAAGAAACUUUGAGAGGAUAAAUACAGUACAGUAUGGAACUUCAGAUAACAAGAAAGACAACACUCUACAGUGUGGAACAGAAGUUCAUUCAAGUGUUCAUUCAGGUUGUGCAUCUAAUCCAAAAAAUUCAGCUCAAAGCCUGAUUAAAGAUAGUACUUUAAAACAUGAAGCCUUUUAUUCAGAGAACUUAACUGAAUCUAGAAAAUUCCUGACAAGUAGGGAAAAACAGUCUGGUCUGACCGAAAUAAAAGGAUCUAUUUAUGGAACAACGUACAGUCCUCCCGAAUGUCCUUUCUGUGGAAAAAUAGAGGAGCAUAGUGAAGAUAUGGAAACUCAUGUGAAAACAAAGCAUGCCAAUCUUUUAGACAUUCCAUUGGAAGACUGUCAUCAGCCACUCUAUGAUUGUCCUAUGUGUGGGCUCAUAUGUACAAAUUACCAUAUUCUUCAGGAACAUGUUGACUUGCAUUUAGAAGAAAACAGCUUUGAACAAGCAGGCAUGGAUAGAGUCCAGUGUUCUGGUGAUCUGCAGUUGGCUCAGCAGCUUCAGCAAGAAGAAGACAGAAAGAGAUCUGAAGAAUCAAGACAAGAAAUAGAAGAAUUUCAGAAGCUGCAGAGACAAUAUGGUUUAGAUAAUUCUGGAGGAUACAAACAACAACAACUACGAAAUAUGGAGAUAGAAGUAAAUAGGGGAAGAAUGCCUCCAUCUGAAUUUCAUAGAAGAAAAGCUGAUAUGAUGGAAUCAUUAGCUAUUGGUAUUGAUGAUGGAAAAACAAAAACUUCAGGAAUUAUUGAAGCACUUCAUAGGUAUUAUCAGAAUACUGCCACGGAUGUGAGGCAGGUGUGGCUUUCUUCAGUGGUGGAUCACUUUCAUUCAUCUUUAGGCGACAAAGGUUGGGGUUGUGGUUACAGAAAUUUCCAAAUGCUACUUUCAUCAUUAUUACAAAAUGAUGCUUAUAAUGAUUGCUUAAAAGGUAUGUCGAUUCCUUGCAUUCCAAAAAUUCAAUCCAUGAUUGAAGAUGCAUGGAAGGAAGGUUUUGAUCCUCAGGGGGCCUCUCAACUUAAUAACAGGUUACAGGGAACAAAGGCCUGGAUUGGAGCAUGUGAAAUAUAUAUACUCCUGACCUCCCUAAGGAUAAAGUGUCAUAUUGUUGAUUUUCACAAGUCAACUGGUCCUUUGGGUACACACCCUUGCUUAUUUGAAUGGAUAUUAAACUAUUAUUCUUCGGAGGGUGAAGGGAGUCCAAAGGUAGUGUGUACAUCUAAACCUCCCAUUUAUCUUCAGCAUCAAGGUCACAGUCGAACUGUUAUUGGAAUUGAAGAGAAAAAAAACCGAACAUUAUGUUUACUAAUAUUUGAUCCUGGAUGUCCUUCUCGAGAAAUGCAGAAAUUAUUAAAGCAAGACAUAGAGGCUAGCAGUCUCAAACAACUUCGGAAAUCUCUGGGAAAUUUAAAACAUAAGCAAUACCAGAUAGUAGCAGUAGAGGGUGCUCUUUCUCCAGAGGAGAAAGUUGCCAGGAGACAAGCUUCUCAAGUUUUUACAGCCGAGAAGAUUCCUUGAAGAAUUAAGCAUUUCAGUGAUUGAGAACAAUACUUGUUUUCUAAAUGUUGAUAUUGAACUACUUAACACAAUUAUGAAUCUGUGAAUUCUCUAAGUACUUAAUAUAUAAUUUAAUUUGUAAAAUGCCUGUGUUAAUUAAAUAUAUCUAUCAUACUUCCUUGUUUGGUAAUUAUUUCAAUAAAAUGUAUUGGUUUUGCAUUGUG